UUCAAUUAUGUAUUCUGCUAAACAAAAGCACUCUUUCAAAACACCACAAAUAUGUUCUGAUAUAUACUGCACAGUUAAGUCAUUUUAUUGAAAUGCAAGCAGAAACGAUCAUCUUGUUGCACUCAUCUGGUCAGCUGUCUGAAAGAAAGCAACACUUUUUCAUCACUUUCAGGAAAAGGUUAAUUUCGCUGCUUAAAAAUAUGUAACUGUCAUUUUCAAAUUUCCUUUCUUUCCCAUUCUGAUCCCCAAACUGAGAUUCAGCAAGUUAUAUUCACCACAAUAGGUACAUUAAUGUGAUUUCUGCUGUGAUUCACUGUUCGUGUUUAACAAGCAGUUGACUGGAUAUACAUAAUAAAGUGACCAAACUCAGGAUUGUGAAUAAGCAUUGUGCCUUGACAUAACAUUUUUGAUUUGACACUAAUAUUGAUAAUCUGACAUGAAUUCAAACAACAUGUCUGCAUGUUUCUCUCAGGGUACUCCAGCUUCCUCUCUAAAUUAGUCUCUCUAAAUUGCUCUAAGGUGGAAAUGUAUGCAUGGUCUUUUAUCCUGUGUGUGACCCCGUGACGGCCUGGCGACCUGUCAGGGUGAACCCAGCCUUUAGUCUAAUGACUGCAGAAGAUUGAACGGAUGAUGAAUUUUUAUAAAUAAAACAAUUUACCAAAGGGAGAAGGAAGGACUUGUGUAUUUAAGAGGAAUGCAUCCCGUUAUGAUCAUGCUAAACUUUCUUAGUGUUAAAAAUCUUAAAUCGUACUUACUACUUUUCUCUCUUUUUUGUGCCCCUCAUUCUUUAGGACCCCCCAUCUGAGCUUAAGCUCCUAAUAACAACACCAAAUCAUUUCUCUCCAGAGCAAAACUAUAUGAUUAAUGUGCAACGAGCUGCGUCACCUUGACGGCAUUAAAUCAUUGAGAAAAGACAGGAAACGUACUCUUCUUUGCUCUUGCCUCCCUCCCUCAACCCUCGGUCCCCCUUCCUCCUCCUUCUCGUCCUCCCUGCCUCUCUCACUCUCAUCCCUCCUGUGCGUCUGUUCGCUGCUCAGAGCGGCGGUGUGCAUGUGUCAGGGAGCCGCACCGUUCUGCGCACUGGUUCCGCCGGACAUCACCGGAUAACGGCGCUCGUCAACCGGGUUGGUGGUGGAGGGGGAGACUGGACCCGGACCCGGAACAGGAGCGGGAGAAGCACCGUGGCUACUUGCAUAGCCCGCUCUCCGGAAACAUGUCGGAGUUUUUCCUUCUCGCCUUUCUCGCCCUUUCCUCCGGAUUAUUUCCGUGCGCCGAGCCAUCGAAGGUGUCCGACGAGGAGAACGAGCCCAUCUUGUGCGACGUAGGGGAGUUUCACUGUCAUGACCAGCAGAUCUGCAUUCCCGAGGCCUGGCUCUGUGACGGUGAGCCCGACUGCCCCGACGGCUCCGACGAAACUGAUCAUGUCUGUGCACAGGAGGUGGUGAUCAGAUGUCCCCUCAAUCACAUACAGUGUAUUGGGACGAGAAAAUGUAUUCAUUUCAACAAGCUCUGCAACGGGGCCAGAGACUGUGAGGACGGGUACGAUGAAGGAGUUCACUGUCGAGAGCUUCUGUCAGCCUGCCACGAGCUCCGGUGCCGCUACGGCUGUGUCAUGACGAGAAACGGCACCUUCUGUUUCUGUGCCGACGGCUUUGAGGUCGGUGAGGAUGGAACAAGCUGCAGAGAUCAUGAUGAAUGUGCCAUGUAUGGUGCAUGCAGCCAAACCUGCACGAACACCUACGGGUCAUACAGAUGCAGCUGCACAGAAGGAUACAUCCUGCAGCCUGACAGGAUAUCUUGCAGAGCCAAACAAGGUGAGCAGCACACUUGCAUACUUGAGACAAU